AUGGUAAAAAAAUUCUCGUUUUGGUUUGACCCUUGGGAUCAUGGUUUGUCUUUGAUUGAUCGGUUCCCAUUAGUCAAUAUUGAAGAUUCUGAGAUUGGAAAAACUGCUUUGGUUAGGGAUGUUUGGAGACAAGGAAGAUGGUGUUUUCCAGAGGCCAUUGAUGAUUAUACUCAAAGGGUGUGGGAUUAUGUUAAUAACAAUCAUGCUAUUGUGGAAGAUAAAGAAAAUGAUAUUAGGUGGAACUUGGAGGCGAAUGGGAAAUUUUCUAUAGCAAGUACUUGGAGAGCUUUAUCUUCUUCUCGAGACAAUGUUCCCUGGUUCAAAUUAAUAUGGUUCAAUGGUAAUGUGCCUAGACAUGCGUUUAUUGUGUGGUUGGCUCUUAAGAGAAGAUUAUUGACAAGAGAUAGGCUAGUUCAUUGGAGAAUUUGUUCUACUGCUUCUUGUGUCUUCUGUCAAAAUGCGGAUGAAAGUAUUGAUCAUCUGUUCUUUGAAUGCAUUUUCUCUAAAACAGUUUGGGAGAGAGUUUUACUUGCUUGUGGGAUCAGCAGAGUUAUUAUGAACUGGAGAAGAGAGGUUAGCUGGUUUACGAAAAAAACGAGUGGCAAAUCGUUACUAUGCAGGAUAUGAAGAGUGGCUUUCUCAUCUGCUGUAUAUAAUAUUUGGAGAGCUAGAAAUGAGUUGAUUUUUAAGCAAAACCAUACUGUUAAUACUGAUGGUGUAUAUAGAAAAGUGAGGGAGGAUAUUUUGCUUAAAUUUGGCGGGCAUAGAAAUAGUAUCCAGCUCGAUAGUUGGGGAAUUUAAUUGCUUUUUCAUUCCUUUUCUUUUUCCUCUGUAAGUAGUUCAGCUUUGCUGUGAGGUUGUAAUUAGCAGGUUUUUGCUCUUUUAAUAUAAGUCCUCUGCUUUUGGCUUGACAAAAAAAACAGCCAUGAAGCUAUUACUGAUAAAAGAAGUAGCAGAAUAUCCUUUUGACCAGCAGUUCCAUCGAGUUUCGUCAAUAUGUCCCGAUAAAAUAGUAACACCAUUAAGCUGAUCAUAGAAAGAGCCUUAGAUUCUCCAAUACAAAGACGUCUUCUUCGUGUAAAGUUUGCUACAUUUUUGGGCAGACAUUUCGCAUGCUCCGCCAAUGACCCUCCCUAAUUUGCAGCAAACAAAAACAAAAAAGGAUGAGUUUCAGCAAUAGGGCGAGCUUGAAGAUUGAGCCAAAUAUCCCUCUAAAACCUUAUGCUUUCACCAUUACCCACCUUAAAACUGAUCUUUGAUUGAAAAAGAUUCCUAAACAUCCAUUUUUAUGUUAUUAAUUUCGUAAGGGUACCAAACUUUUUAGUCUUAUUUGAUCCCUUAAUUUUAUGUUCUUAAUUUAUUUAGUCCCUAAACAUCCAUUUUAUGUUAUUUGGUCGCUAGAUUUUACACUUUUUAAUUUUGAGGAACUAAGGAAGCAAAAAAAAUCAAACCAGAUAAUACCAAAUAAAAUUUUUG